CGAUCCAAAAUACAGCUCAAGUGCCUGGCAGUUGAACCAUGGCGAUGCACAUCAUCAUUCCUGUGAUUAGAUAUGCUCAGUUUAAGCGAGCCAUAUCAACAACAAUUCCUCCCAAGCAGAUGCACAGUUUUAAUUAAAUUAUAGUUUUUUUUCAUCUGUUUGUUCAUAUAAGAAGGAACAUGAAAGUUUAUGAUACAUUCGUAGCAUAUAUAAUCGAAGUUCUACACGAACAUGCUAGGAAUAUGUGAAAUAAUAAAACGUUUGAAGGGUAAAAUUGUCAAAUUGUGCACAAACAGAGCGCGGGAACCACCGGUACGGCUGGAGCCCAGUUCCCAACUCCCACAAUAAACCACGGAGGAAAGGACUCGCGUGUUAUUCUCGCGGUGGCAUUCUCUGUAAUAAACGGUGAAUCUCGGGGGGCUAAUUUGUGCUGCUGAGAAUGAAAUGAGCUCCCAGAAAGAUUCCUCCACCUUCCCCCUCUUUCUGAUGUUUUACUGCACGCUCUGACCCAAAUAGAAAGGACUAGAGAGAGAAGGACCGCGAGAAAUUUCUCUCUCUAGAUUCUCUCAAUCCAAACAAAACCGGAGCAAAAUUCACUUUUCCUUCUCUCUGAAUCUCGCCUUGUAUAGCUGUACGCCAGGGGGUUGGAGAGAUACUGAGCGAGCUUCUCAUAGGCUCAAUAAUAAUACCUCCGCUCGCCCCAAUCGCUACUAUUGGUUCGGGAAGAGCUUCGCCGUUGAACGACGGUCCGCUUCGAUUCUCCGUCGGCUACAGCUUCUCCCCUCCCGUUCUCGCCAAUUCGAGGUGAGCUUUUGCGCUUCCCGUCCAAAACGUGCUGGUUAUCUGAUUUUUCCGAGUUCAGAAUUGAAGAAUUUUGGAUUCUGUCGGUUCAUGUGCUGUGUGAACUAUUUCUAUGUGAGCUCGUUUCACUUGUCGCCUCGGUAUUUUUCUUCCCGAUUUUCGCUUUCCGAUUGCGAUUCCUUGGAUCGACUCCCGCUAGCUACUGCUGGAAAAUAAAUCCGACUUGAUCUCCUUCCUUUCUGAUCGGACUCAGGGACUAGAGGUUAUCGGAAUCUAAAAGAAAACUGGAAUCCGUCUUCUCGGUUUCUCCACCCAUGGAAGAUCGUCAAUUCUUCGAUUCUCUCUGCCUCGGCUUGAUUUUUCCCCCGCUUAGAGUGACGAGUUUCGAUUAGAGAUUAUAGUAAUUUUAUUAGUAAUCGGAAGUCGACUUCUCGGUCUUUUCCGCCCGGUGGAUGUUUUGAUCGCUAUUAGUUGCUUCCGUCGAUUCUCUUCUAAUAAAUUCAUCGUCGUUUUGUAAUUAAGCGUUUCCGGUGGCAUUUCCAUCAAAGUAAUUAAGCAAUUACUUAUUCGUUUUGGUGUUUUUGCAGAUUCGGAUCAAUUUCGGUGAGCUCAGUUUGAAGACGACAGCAAAAGGAAAAGAUCGGAAGCAACUGGAGAUAAUUUCCCCAGGUAAAUUACCUGCGUUUCAUGGAAGGAAAUUUGUAGUGAAUUUUUGUGAUAAUUGAUAAUUUUCUUUUUGUUUCCUUUCGGUCUAAAGAUUCGAAUUUGUCAACCUUUUAGCUGCUUGAAUUGUUUUUUUCUCCCCCGAUAAUUAAGUGGUGACAUAAAGGAACAGCUCACUUUUGAAUACAAUGGCUGUCCUUUUCUCCGCUUAAAAUAGAUUUAGGUUUCUGUGAAAUUUCUUCAGUAUUUGUUAAUUAGGUGGUGACAGAUCUAUUGCAUGUUGACGCUUAUAUGUAAUCCGGUUGAAAUCUUCCUGGUUUUUGUGAUUAACAGUUGUUUUAAAUUAACUAUAAUUAAUUUUCCCCUAAAUUUUUUAAAUAUUUAUAUCAUUCUUUUUCUUUUCCCCCUCGUUAGCUCUGUAAUAAUGGUCUGAUUGAAGAGGAUAUCUGUCAUUGGAGUGGUGCGUGGGUCAUGUGGGUCCAUGUUACCGAUUUUUUUGUUUCUUCCUGCUUCCUUUGGACCAAUAGACCGUGUGGCAAUUGGCAUAGCCAAGUCUUUAACUUGCCUCUUGCAAAUUUUUUAAUGGCUUCCACAGUUUGAUCUUUCACUAGGGACAACUCACAUCUCGCUAGGCCUUCCGUUUUCUUUUUAGAAGUAACAGUCUCUUGCGUUAUUGUUCGAAGAAAUGGGUCUCCCAUCUCUUGCUGUGCUAUCAAUUCCAGCUGUUUCCAAAUCUGAUAACGCACAUGUCACAUGGAAAAAACCCAAUAAGGCAAUUGAAUUUUGUCAGCCGAAUAUGCCAGUUGAGCUCAUUUUCAUAUUUUCAAAAGGAUGAUCAAAAGAAGUUAAAGCAGGCCCGCUUUAUGUCCCAGUUGCAAUAUCUGGAUGAUUUUGUCGUUAACUACACCGAUGGAAAUAAGAGCUCCGAUUAGGAAUUACAUUCAAGGUUUAGCUUUUUCAUUUCCUGAUGAUUUUCUAAAUGGCUCUCAAAUGUGCUGAAAAGAAAACCAUAUGUGGUGACAUAAUGUAGUGAACUUGUGCCUUCUGUAAGGUUUUGUACCUUCCACACAGUCCCUGAAACGAAAGCCACGACUAGCUUUGUAGCUGUAUUUUGUUUUAAACGUGCGUCCCAGCUUAGUUUAGGAUAUAAAUCGAUUGGUUAUGGACUCUAUAUAAACUUUUCAAAUGAGCUUCAAUUUCACUUAUUAUCUGGUUGCUGAGAUGGCUUCUAUUGAUCUUUUACAUGGCUGGAGCUGUAAAAUUGGAUCUUCUGGGGUAGCUCGUCCAUGCCGAAUUUCCUCUCUUGUCUGUAAUAAGCAGUUGUGCGCGUUUUCUUUUUUGUUUGGUGUUUGUUGAAAUUAUCUCAUAUUCCGUAAAAAAAGUAUCUCAUAGUACUAAACUACUAAUACGUUGAUAUUAUGUAAGCAGAACGGAUUUUCAUCGAUGCAUUUUGGCAAAGAAAGCUGAUUUGAAACCUGAAGGGAGCAGAUGACGAAGCAUGAUUGGAAGAAGUCUGUCAAAUCCUUUAUCCGGAGACACAUCGAUCCAGAGAAUGAUGAGCAGCUGAAAGGCAGUAAAGAAGAAUUCGAAGAUAGAUUCAAAAGGAUCUUGGAGCUGAUCAACGAAGAAGGUUCGGAAGCAAACGAUGGAGUCCCUGUGGAAAGCUCAAAGAGAAAGCCUCUUGUGGAUUUGAUCGAGGAGUUCCGCAGGCAGUACGAGUCGUUGUAUUCACAACACGACCAUCUGAAGGGAGAACUGAGGAGGGACUUCCACAGCAAGCGGGGAUCGGAUUCCUCUUCUUCAUCUAGCUCAGACUCGGAUUCUGAUGAUGGUUCCAAGGACAAAACCAGCAAAAAUGGACGACUUAAAGGCCGCAAAUUCAUAGACGGCAUAAAGCAAGAGCUUGAAACAGCCAAUCUUGAAGUUGCUCAACUGAAGGAUAAGCUCGGUGCUGCAACCGAAGAAAAAGAGGCGUUGCUUCUCGAGCAUCAAACAGCGUUAAGCAAGAUUCAUGAAACUGACGAGAUAGUCGGAAGCCUGAAGCUUGAGUUAGAAACGAUUAAUGCGGACAAGGAGAAAAUUCUGGCAGAAAAUGGCGACCUGAAGCAAAACCUCGACGAGGCAGGCAAGACGGAAGCAGAGCUGAAUCGAAGAUUAGAGGGCAUAAUCAUCGAGAAAGAUGGAUUGAUCGUGGAGAAAGAGGCGCUUCUGGAGAGGAUUCAAGAAGAAGAGAAGUUUAAAGAAGAAUUGAAAAUGGCGAGUAACAACCUGGAAGAUGAGAAACGAGUUCUUUCCCAGGAACUAGGAAGUGUGAAGGCCGAAAUUUCCAGCCUAAACGAGCAACUGAGAUCUUCAGAGCUGUUAGUGUCCAAUUUGACUCAGGAUUCCACGGUCGCAGAAGCAGAUAGGAAAUCUUUGGUGGCUGAAAUUUCUGUACUAAAUCAGAAGCUGGAAGAGAUGCAAACAGAGAAAGAUGACCUCAUUUCGGCAAAGGAGACUGCAGUCCAGAGAAUUCUGGAGGAAGAGAAGACUGCAGCGGUCUUAAAAGCUAUGGCAGAGGAGUCACAAGGUGAGAAUUCCGCCCUUAAACAUGAACUAGAAACCACUAGAGGAGAACUUGCUGACACGAAGAAGCAAUUAGAAUCCGCCGAGCAAAAGGGUUCAGAUUUGGCCGAGAAACUCAAGGCCGCCGAGGAAGAGAAGACUUCUCUGACCUCCAAAAUUUCUAAUACUCUGAUUGAAUGCCAGAACAUUCAGAAGACUGUAGAGGUACUCACUGCCCAAUCAAGCCAACUAGAGGAGAAAUUAGAAGAGAAGCAAAAUGAGCUUUCAUCUCUCAUAGAGAAGCACCAAGCACACGAUGUUGAAUCAUCCAAUCGGAUCAAAGAACUGGACGAGAAGGUGAGCGCUUUGGAGCUGGAAACAACAGCAAAGGCUGAGAGGAACAGAUAUAUGGAAGUCCAGGUGGAGACCAAAGUGACUGAAGCAAGGCAACUGGCUGACGAGAAUGGGAGACUGCAAACCCAGAUCAUGGAACUCGAGAAGGCAGCAGAUGAGAAAGAAGCUGAACUCUCUGCUCUCGCGAAGAAACUCGAGGAAUACGAAAGAGAAUCAUCAGUCAAAAUUGAAGGCUUGUCAGCAGAGGUCACCGAACUACGAGUCCAACUCCAGAACAAGGCUGAUGAGAACUCAGAACUUCUCAUUCAGAUCGAAAAGCUGAAAGAAGAACUAUCAUUUGAAACCGAGAGUCAUCAGAAAGCUCUGCUGGAGAAAGAUGGUGUCACAUCACAGCUGAAGGAGCUGACGCUGGAAAUGGAGACUUUAGGAAAACAGAAGAACGACGUUGAAGAGGAACUGAGAACUCAUAAGGAAGAGAUGGGACUGCUGAGAGAUGAAAUGGUGAGCUUGCACGACAAAACCUCCAUUAUGGACAAGACCAUAUCAGAAAGAGUGCUUGAGUUCACUGCCCUCCAAGCGAAACAUUCAUCGAGAGAAAAUGAAGUUUCUGCUGAAAUAACGGCUCUCAAGGAACUUGCAAACGAUCUGCAAUGUGAACUGGAUUCAUUGCGGACAGAGAGGAACGAACUGCAAUCGCAGCUUGAAUUAGAGCAGAAUGAGUUUUCACGGAAAAUUGCAGAGAUGGAAAAUGAGAAGGCCGAGCUGGCGACUCAAGUUACUGAUCUGCAAUCACAGCUCGAGAGAGAGCAGGCUGAGUUUUCACGGAAAAUUGCAGAGCUGGAAAAUGAGAAGGCCGAGUUGGUGACUCAAGUUACUGAUCUGCAAUCACAGCUUGAGAGUGAGCAGAAUGAGUUUUCAAGGAAAAUUGCAGAGCUGGAAAAUGUGAAGGCCAAGCUGGUGACUCAAGUUGCUGAUCUGCAAUCACAGCUUGAGAGUGAGCAGAACGAGUUUUCACGGAAAAUUGCAGAGCUGGAAAAUGAGAAGGCCGAGCUGGUGACUCAAGUAGCUAAUCUGCAAUCACAGCUUGAGAGAGAGCAGAACGAGUUCUCAGAGAAAUUUGCAGUGCUGGAAAAUGAGAAGGCCGAGCUGGUGACUCAAGUUGCUGAUCUGCAAUCACAGCUCGAGAAAGAACAGAAUGAGUUUUCACGGAAAAUUGCAGAGCUGGAAAACGUGAAGACCGAGCUGGUAACUCAACUUGCUGAUCUGCAAUCACAGCUCGAGAGAGAGCAUAAUGAGUUUUCACAAAAAAUUGCAGAGAUGGAAAAUGAGAAGGCCCUGCUGGCGACUCAAGUUGUUGAUCUGCAGAGACUACUGGAUCAACAGUCAGAGGCGUGCAAGCAACUCAGUGAGGAACAGCAGCAAGUUGAAAAGAAGGCGGAGGAUUUGAACAAGCAAGUGGGUUCCAUGGAUGAAACCGUAGCUGAACUGAGAGAGAAAAUCGAGAGCCAGGAGAGGGAACUCGAAUUCAAAGAUGAAGAGCUGCGCAGUUUAGCUGUGAAGAACAAAGAGAUCGAAUUUAAGCUUACAAUGUCAAGCCAGAAGAGCCGGGUCACAGAGCAGGAGCUAAACGAGACAGUAGACAACUUCAAGGUAGUGGAAGCCAAGUACAAGGAAAAGCAGAGAGAGCUUGAAGGGAAAAUGACCGUUCUCUUGGCUACCAUGGCUGCAAAUAAUGAAGCUCAUCGCAGGAUGGUCACAGACCUCUCAGAGAAACUACAUGCCAUCAUGACGUCCCUAGAUACUCUGUCGUCCAGAUUCGACGAAGAUUGCAACCGGUACCAGCACCGGGUUCUGGAGCUGUCUCAAGAGAUUCUGAUUGCUAAAGAUUGGGUAAUGGACAUGAAUCAGGAGAAGGAAAAAUUGAACGAACAAGUGAACAGCUUAGCCCUACAACUGCAACACUCGAGAGAAGAGGAAUCUGCACUGAAGAACAAGGCGUCGGAGUUGCUGGCCAUGGCAAGCAAAGAGGAAGCUGAGAAGCUGAAGCUCACCAAAGCCAUCAGCCAACUCGAGAGUAAGGUGGCAGCAAUGGGAGCGAGCUUGAAGGAGAAAGAUGAAGGGAUAUCGUACUUGGGAGACGAGAAACGAGAAGCCAUACGACAGCUCUGCAUCUCAAUCGAGUACUACCGCGACACAUGUGACUAUCUCGUUGGCAUACUCUCCAAGAUGCCAAUCAGUCGCCAGAGGGCAGCUGCACCUUAGUGCAUCGCUUUAUUAAUCAUCAUCCAUCGAGUACCGAUUCUUCGCAGUUUUUUCGUUCUUCAUAUGCAGCACAAUCCGAGUCAGUCAUUGUUUUGAUUUUUUUGGCCUCUGAAAUGGCAUUGUCGAUAUCUUGAACAGGAAGGUUUUGCUUAUAGGGUUUGUUUCUGAAACGUAAUAUGGUAAAGUACAUAAUCAAAGUGGUUUGAUUGCUUGCUUGCAAAUCAUCUUAAACAUGGUAAUAUCACUCGAAAAACAUAUCAUAAGGCAUUCAUAAAGCUUGUCACCAGACAGCUAUCUGGAAAACACCAAGUUAUCCGACUCACUGAAUUUUCACUAGUAAAAUUUCUCUGCGUAAUACCUAUCGUAGAUGGCACCUAAAUUCUUCUGUCAUGCCUUAUUGCCACAGCCAUGUAAUAGGAAUAAGAAGAAAUCUAGAGAGAAACAAAUAUGGGGUUCAGGU